AUUUGUCAAAGGUUAAGGGGUGUAAGUGCAAAUUCAUAUAAGAUUGUGGGUUCCUAAAUAAAAUAUUUUUGUUGAUCCCGCACGCACAAAGAGAAAGGCUAUGCCCUGUUUGGAUGGUCGAAAUUCUGGAAAACCCAGUUUUGUUUAGUGUAACGAAAAGUAGGUCAAAUUUUUACAGCAGCAGCUUCUCAGAGUCAAAUAGAUGGCUGGGAGGCCUGCUCGUUCGAAAACACAACUAACUGUGCAGCAGCGAGAAUCCCAGUGUCGAGCUAAGUGGACCACAUCUCUUACCAAUAUAAUGGUGGAGGUAAUGGUAAACGAAGUUCACGGGGGCCACAAGCAAAACAAGUCUUUUAGUAAGAAAGGUUGGAAAUGUAUUUGUGAUGAGUUUCGUAAAAGAACUGGUCUUACAUGGGAGAGGGACCAAUUGAAGUAUCGAUAUGCUGCACUAAGAAAGCUUUUUGCUACUAUAAAGUUGCUACUUGAUCAUGCUGAUUUCAAAUGGGAUGAAACUACAGGUUUAAUAACAGCAACAGAUGAAGCUUGGGACCAGUAUAUCAAGGAUCAUCCAGAUGCGGAGACCAUAAGGAGCUCAGGCUGCCCAUUUUACAAGGGACUAACAGUGAUAUUUGCGGAUUCUGGAAGCAGAGGGACACAUAAUGGAUCUACUAUGCACAAGGACCGUCUCCCCGGUUUAUUAUCUCAUCCUCAACCCUCAACACUGUCCCAGGAAGAGUUGUCCUAUUCAGAGUCUGAAGAAGGUCCUGAUUCCAAUGAGCAAGAAAUUCUUCAAUCUGUGAGCUUACCUUCUGAUACAUGUCGAAAGAGACGGCGUAACGGGGUUGAUGGUGCCAUUGCAAGAGCUAUAUCCGAGAUGGCUGCUGCUUCAAGACUUAGAGCUUCUGCUAUUAAGAAGUGCAGUGACAAGUUCACAAUAACUGACUGUAUUAGAGAGUUGGAUGAGUUGGAAGGUGUCAAUGACCAAGUAUAUUAUGCUGCUUUGGAUCUCUUCAACAAUGACGCAGCUAGGGAGAUUUUCUUAUCGCUCAAAGCUGGGAAGCGGCUGACCUGGCUGAUUGGCAGAUUGUCUGGUCCUCCCUAAUAUUAAAGGAUAAGUCCAAUUAAUCUUGUUAUGUUCAAGUGAGAAGCCAUUUCCUUAUCUCAACGAGUCAUUUUUGGUUUCUACAGAGCUGGAAGCUUCAUGUAUAGACUACAUCUCUCUAUAUUUCUCCUUUUUAUUUCCUUUUAACAAUUAGGAGUAAGAGUAUACUUCAGAAUUGGCAAUUGUGGGAUUAAAUUUAGACAGGAGUUGAAACUUGCUGCCCGAGGGUGCAUUUUGUUAAAAAAUCGAGCAUGAUCAUCAUGCGUUCGGAAGGAAA